AUGGAUUCUUUACUCUUUUCAUUUGCUUUUUCUUUUUUACUUUCUUUUUUUUUUUUGCACUAUUUAUUUCUUUGUUUUUUUCUUCAUCAUUUUUUCUGUCUGUUUCGUUCCGUUUCUAUCAUUCAUUUUACAUUUUAUUCAUUCUAUUUCUUUUCAAUUUCUUUGGCUCAGUACUGGUUCUUUUAUUGUCUAUUUUCACUUUUUCGUUUUUCGUUUUUCUUUUUAUUUCUAUUUUUACUCUUCACACUUCCGGUCACUUUUUUUUUUUUUUUUUUGCUUACAUCAUCGUUCCCUUUCUUUCUUUCUUUCUUUCUUUCUUUCUUUCUUUCUUUCUUUCCGUUUUCUUUCUUUCUUUUUUCUUUCUUUCCGUCAUUUUUUCUUUCCUUUUUUUCUUUCUUUCUUUCUUUUUCUUUCUUUUUUCUUUCUUUCUUUCUUUUUUCUGAUAUUUCUUUUUCCAGAGUUUUUUUUUUUCUUUUUUCUUUUUUCUUUCUUUUUUUUCCCCAUAUUUAUGAUAUUAAUUUUUUUUUCUUGUUUUCUUUCUUAUUUUUUUUUUUUAAGUUUUUCUUUUUUCCAUUUUUUCUUAUCAUUUUUUUUUUCUUUCUUUCCCCAUAUACACUUUUUGAUAUCUUAAUUUUUUUUCUUUCUUUGUUAUGUCAUUCUAUCCUCUUUCCUUUUUUUCUUUCUUAUCUAUCUUUAUUUCUUUCUAUUCUUUUUUUUUUAUCAUUGUUUUUUCUUUUUUUCUUUUUUCUUUCUUCCACAUUUCUUUCAGAAACUGACAGCAGUUUUUUCUUUUUCUUUCUUUUUUCUUUCUUUUAUCAGUUUUUUAUUUCUUUUUCUUUCUUUCUUUCUUUCUUUUUUUCUUUCUUUACCAUAUUGACUUUUUCUGCAGAAUUUUUUUCCAGGUUUUUUUCUUUCUUUUUUGUUAUUCUUUCUUUCUUUCCGUUUCUUUUUAACCUUUCCUUUUUUUUUGCCUCAUUUCUUUCUUUUUUUUUAUAUAUAUAUAUCUCUUUUUUUUUUUCAUUCCUUCAAAUAUUGUUCUGUUCUAUCUAUUUUCUGUUUUCACUGUUUUUGCCCAUUUUUUUUUCGUCCCUUUUUUCUAGUUUUGUUUUCUUUUUUUUUCAGUUUUCAUUUUUCCUUUUUUAUUCCCUUUCUUUGUUAACAAAUAAUCUUUUCCUUUUCUUUCGUCUUUCAGUAAAGACAUUAAGCUUUCUUUCUUUCUUUCUUUCUUUCUUUCUCCCUUUCUUUUUCCGUCAGUUUUUUUUCUUUUUUUUCUGCCACUAUAUCAUUCAUUUCUUUCUUUCUUUUUUCUUUUCUUUUCCUUUCUUUUCCAUCAUUUUUUUCUUUUUUUCUGCCACUAUAUUCAUUCAUUUCUUUCUUUCUUUUUUUUUUUUUCUUUUCUUUUUUAUUUUUCCGUCAGAUACUUUUUUUUUUUCUUUUUUCUGCCUUUCUUUUCAUUCAUUUCUUUUCUUUUUUUUUCUUUCUUUCUCCUUUCUUUUUCCGUCAGUUUUUUCUUUUUAUACCAUUCAUUUCUUUCUUUCUUUUUUUUUCUUUCUCCUUUCUUUUUUCCGUCUUUUUUUUUCUGCCUUCUUUUUAUCAUUCAUUUCUUUCUUUCUUUCUUUCUUUCUUUCUUUUUUCUUUCUUUCUCCCUUUCUUUUUCCGUCAGUUUUUUUUCUGCCACUAUAUCAUUCAUUUCUUUCUUUCUUUCUUUUUUCUUUCUUUCUCCCUUUCUUUUUCCUCGGUUGUUUUUUUUUUUCUGCCACUAUAUCAUUCAUUUCUUUCUUUCUUUCUUUUUUCUUUCUUUCUCCCUUUCUUUUUCCGUCAGUUUUUUUUUUCUUUUUUUUCUGCCACUAUAUCAUUCCUUUCUUUCUUUCUUUCUUUCUUUUUUCUUUCUUUCUCCCUUUCUUUUUCCGUCAUUUUUUUCUUUUUUUUCUGCCACUAUAUCAUUCAUUUCUUUCUUUCUUUCUUUCUUUUUCUUUCUUUCUCCCUUUCUUUUUCCUUUUUUUUUCUUUUUCCGUUCUUUCUUUCUUUCUUUCUUUCUUUCUUUCUUCAGUCUAUCACACAAUCAUAAGCCUGCCAAACUUCACCUUCUUUCUUUCUUUCUUUCUUUCUUUCUUUCUUUCUUUUUCUCAUCCUCCUGCUAAUAUUUCCCUAAACAUUCUUCUUUCUUUCUUUUUUUCUUUCUUUCUUUUUUCUUUCUUUAUUCAUCCUCCUGCUAAUAUUUCCUAA